AUGCCUCCAAAGUCAGCUUCAAGCCCAUUUGAUGACAAGCAAAAGGUGUUUGCCAAAAUGCCGGGAUAUCCUUGGUGGCCAGCUUUCAUUACACCAGAAGAAUAUGUUCCAAAACAAGUUCAGAGAGCCAAGAAGAAAGGUACUCCAUAUUGUGUGAUAUUUAUACCGGAUGGUGAUUUUUAUUGGUCUACAGAAAAAGGACUAAAAGAGUUCAAGCUAGAAAAUAGUGCCAAGGAUUUGAAAAAGCUAGAUCCGAAGACCAUUUCCAGAUUGAAGGAUGUGAAGUAUUUGAGAAAGAGGUUAACUUCAAUACCAAAGAAGCAAGCAUCUUUCCCUGAAGCGAUAGCUGCAUCUGAAAAUUUAGCUUUUGAUGACUUUAUAACCAUUUUCCAAGAGGAAGGUGACGAAGCUGAGGAGGAAAAAGAAGAAGAUGAAGACGAAGAGGUGGAAGAAGAAGACGAAGUGGAGGAACUUGAUGAAACAGUGAAGAAAGCUGCCCCCCUCAAGAGUCGAAACAGGUCUGAAACCAAGGGAAGAAGAUCAAGCCGCACACAAGAUAUUGAAGAUGAAGGGGAGGAUGGCGACGUUGAAGAUCAAUACCAAGAGGAGAUUCCAAAGAACAAGAAGAAGAGGGGCUCAGUCGUACAAGCAUCAACAAAUGGUAAGAAAAGGAAACUGACGGACUCCACUGCGAAAAAAGAGCCAGAAGCGGAAUCGAAUAAGAAACCCAGAUUGGAAAACUCGAGUGAUGAAGAUACUGCCAACGCCGCAGGUGCAGCUGCAGCCUCAAUUAAAUCAGGUAAAGCCCCGGUCAACGAUGAAGAGAAACAACACCAGUUAUAUUUGUGUCGAAUCAAAUUACAAAGAACAUUGAUACAGAGAGAUAUAGAAAAAACACCUCCAACAGCCGAUGAACUACUGCUUGUCCGUUUAAUUUUGUAUCGAUUGGUUAAUUUUCCGGUUGACAAGGAACUUUUGAAAAAGACUAAAUUAUACAAAGUUAUGAGAUACAUCCUCAAGAACCCUGAUUUGGAAUAUUCGGAUAGUUUCAAGUUACAUGAACUUUGUAAAGAGAUUCUAGAGAAAUGGGAUCCAUACAUUCAACAGAUAUUGUAUGAAAAAGAGCAAUCUAAUGAAAAGAAUACCAACUCCAAUUCCAGAUUGUUGUCAGUAAAGAAUGGAGGAUCAGGGUUUAAUGAUGAUUCGGAAGUUAGUGGUAUUGAACAAAGUUUACCAGAGAUUGAGCAAUCAAAAGAUGAGGGAUCUGAAUCAGUAGAGAAGAAAGUUGAUGAGCGAGAAUCUGCCAAGAAGAAGACGGAAAGUGAUGUACCUGUGAAGAAAGAAAUAGAAGAUGCAAGUCAAGAAACUAACAAGGAGAAUGCUGUAAAUGGCGUUGAGGUGGAAAAGGGAGAUUCAGAGUUGCAAGCAAACCUGGAUGAUAAACAAACUAGCCAACUCGGUGGUGUCAAGCCGGAGAAUGUAACUGAAAAUAUUGUUGUAACCGGAGAAGCUAAUAACAAAGACGAGGCCAAAGAAACUGAGAUUACGGUUGACACAAUUAACACGGGAUCUAAGGAUGACAGCGUCAAGACUGGAAGUCAAAGCGAAAGUGUUGCGACAAAAGAAACAACAGCUCCCACCGAAUCAGUAACUGAAGCACAUUCCGUCUCUAAUGAUGUGGACCAAGCUGCAGCAGCUGUCAGUGCUCUUGCCAACUCAUAG